UCUUAGUGUGUGUGUAGUAGUAACUGUAAACUCUGUACUAGUUACUUGCUCUGUUUUACUGCCUCUGCAUGAAUCUUUGUUACAUAUCAAUUUUUAAAUGGCUACCUAUUUUAUAUUCUGAUUUUUAAAAACACAUUUCCAAUGAUCCCUUUGUAGCUGUUCUAUCAUCAUCCAUUCAUCCCCAUCCUCUCUCCAAAAAAAAAAAAACCAUCACAGAGUUGCAACUUGCACACAAGCACCCCAUUUUUCUAAAAGUUCACUUGCAAAGAGACGGAGACAUAAAUUGGAAAACCCCAUUUUUGAAACUCGCAUUUUUUUUGUUUUCUUGAAUUCAAGAAUAUGUUUACUUAUUAUCUACACCACAACCCAGCUCAAGUUUCUCUGUAAACUCUCUCAUCACAAUGCUUCUGUUACUCUACUUCUUCUUCUUCCUUUUCUCAUCACCAUCAUUGAUUCUCUGUCUAAACCAAGAAGGGCUAUACUUGCAACGAGUCAAACUCAGUCUAGACGAUCCAGAUCUAUUUCUAGCAAACUGGAAUGAGAGAGAUGAUACACCAUGUUUAUGGAAAGGUAUAUCAUGUAACUCAGUGACUCGUUCAGUCAACUCGGUUGAUCUCUCUAGCGCUAAUCUUGCUGGUUCUUUCCCUAUUCAUCUCUGUCGUCUAAAAAACCUCUCAUUUCUCUCUCUAUACGACAACGCCAUUAACUCAUCUCUACCCGUUGAUAUCUCCACGUGUCAAAAUCUUCAACACCUUGAUCUUGGUCAGAAUUUCUUUGUGGGUCCCAUCCCUUCCGCUCUCGCUGAUAUCCCACCUCUGCAACAUCUUGAUCUCUCCGGAAACAAUUUCUCCGGCAACAUCCCGACGAGUUUUGGUAGCUUCCGACAACUUGAAGUUCUUUCACUAGUCGGAAACUUACUCGAUGGAACCAUACCUCCAGUUUUAGGAAACAUUUCAACUCUGAAACAGCUGAAUCUCUCUUAUAAUCCGUUUACGCCGAGUCAAAUCCCAUCUGAAUUCGGUAGUUUAUCGAGUCUCGAGAUUCUUUGGAUGACUGAUUGUAAUCUUGUGGGUGAGAUUCCAAAUAGCUUCGGUAAACUAUCAAAAUUGAUCGAUUUGGAUUUAGCCGUAAAUAAUCUAAAUGGUCCAAUUCCUGAAUCAAUAACCGAACUCUCCAGUGUCGUACAAAUUGAGCUGUAUAAGAAUUCAUUAUCAGGUGAACUUCCAAAGGGGUUUGCGAAGCUCAAAACGUUGAGAAGAUUUGAUGUCGCUAUGAAUCAUCUGCAAGGUUUGGUUCCAGUUGAAUUAUGUGAGUUACCACUUGAAUCACUCAAUUUGUAUGAAAAUAGAUUUACUGGUAUACUUCCUAAGAGUAUUUCUAAAUCUCCGAAUCUAUAUGAGUUAAGAUUGUUUAAAAAUUUACUUACUGGUGAUCUACCCAGUGAUUUAGGCAAAAAUUCACCUUUACAAUGGAUUGAUGUUUCUGAGAAUAAAUUUUAUGGGAAAAUUCCUGCAAGUUUAUGUGAACAUGGUGUAUUAGAAGAACUUCUUUUGAUUUAUAAUUCAUUUUCGGGUACUAUACCGGAUCAGCUUGUUGAAUGCCGGAGUUUAACGAGAGUACGGGUGAGGAAUAAUCAGCUUUCCGGUGAAGUUCCAGCUGGUUUUUGGGGUUUGCCUAAGUUAUCUUUGUUAGAACUUGCUAGGAAUUCAUUUACUGGUGGGAUUUCUAAUAUGAUUUCUACUGCAGCUAAUCUUUCUGUAUUACUUGUUUCCAAGAAUCAGUUUGAUGGAGUUAUACCGGAAGAGAUUGGGUUAUUGAGUAACCUGGUUGAAUUCUCUGGUAGUGAUAAUUCAUUUACAGGUCCAUUUCCGAAAACUAUUGUGAACCUUAGUCAGCUUGGAAGACUUGAUCUUCAUAAUAAUAAGUUGUCCGGUGAGCUUCCGGCUAGAAUUCGGUCGUGGAAGAAGCUUAAUGAGUUGAACUUAGCUGAUAACAAGAUUACAGGUGAGAUUCCAGCUGAGUUCGGUAGCCUAGAAGUGUUAAAUUAUCUUGAUUUGUCAGGCAAUCUUUUGAGUGGGAAAAUCCCAAUUGAAUUACAAAAUUUGAAGCUAAAUCAGUUCAAUUUUUCUGAUAAUCAACUCUCUGGGGAACUUCCACCUCUGUAUGCAAAGCAGAGUUACAAAGAUAGUUUUUUGGGGAAUCCUGGUUUAUGUGGACAAUUAGCUGGUCUUUGUUCAAGUGCCAAGGAUUCUAAGCAUAAGAAUUCGCUUUGGCUGCAUCAGACCAUCUUUUUACUUGCUGGUCUUGUUUUGGUUACUGGACUUCUUUUGUUCUUCUUGAAAUACAGGAAUUACAAGAAGGUGAAGAAAGGCACCGACAAGUCAAAAUGGACAUUGACUUCAUUUCAUAAAUUGGGUUUCAGUGAGUAUGAGAUUUUAGAUUGUCUCGACGAAGAUAAUGUGAUAGGAAGUGGGGCUUCUGGGAAAGUUUACAAGGCUGUAUUGAGUAAUGGAGAAGCCGUUGCAGUGAAGAAGCUUUGGGGAUUCUCAAAGAAAGUGAAUGAAAGUGGUGAUGCUGAAAAGGGUGAGGUUCCAGAUGAUGGGUUUGAAGCAGAGGUUGAGACACUUGGGAAAAUUCGGCAUAAGAAUAUUGUGAGAUUAUGGUGUUGUUGUACUAGUAAGGAUUGUAAAUUACUUGUUUACGAGUAUAUGCCCAAUGGAGGUUUGGGUGAUUUGUUGCAUGGUAUUAAAGGAGGUUUAUUAGAUUGGCCAACGAGGUAUAAAAUAGCAGUUGAUGCAGCAGAAGGCUUAUCAUAUCUGCAUCAUGAUUGUGUUCCAGCGAUAGUUCAUCGGGAUGUCAAGUCGAACAAUAUCUUGUUGGAUGGAGAAUUUGGAGCAAAAGUUGCAGAUUUCGGUGUUGCCAAGGUCGUUGACACUCUUGAAAAGGGGGCUAAGUCCAUGUCUGUCAUUGCUGGUUCAUGUGGUUACAUAGCUCCAGAAUACGCGUACACUCUUAGAGUUAACGAGAAGAGUGAUAUAUACAGCUUUGGUGUGGUAAUUCUAGAACUAGUAACCGGAAGACUUCCACUUGAUACAGAAUUUGGAGAGAAGGAUUUGGUAAAAUGGGUGUGUUCAACAUUGGAUAAAAAAGACCAGGUUGAUCUAGUAAUCGACCCCAAACUCGAUUCUUGUUUCAAGGAAGAGAUAUGCAAAGUCCUUAAUCUUGGUUUACUUUGUACUAGUCCUCUUCCUAUUAAUCGACCUUCGAUGAGACGAGUAGUUAAAUUUUUGCAAGAGUUGAGUAAUGAAAGCAGACCAAAGACGGCUAAGAAAGAUGGCAAGUUAUCUCCAUACUAUAACGAAGACGUUUCAGAUCAUGGAAGUGUUGUUUGAUGUCUGAAUUAACACGGUUCCAGCUUCAAAUUGAAGAACUGAUAUGUAAUUAGCGAGUGUUACAUGUAUUAUUGUCAUUAUUCAUUUUCCUCUGGUGUUUGGUUGAUGUUGGAGUGGGAGAAAAAUGGAGAGAUUGGUAUCAUACAUAGAUUAGUCGUUAGUAGCGUAGUUGUCGUUGUUGUUGUUACAUAGUAAAUUUAUUAACUAAAAUUUUCAAAACAAACUCUGUUCUUCACA